AUGGCCAUGUACGAGCGUCGAGGCUCGAUAGAGUCCUUUGCCCGGUCACGGACGGCAUCACCGACGGGUUCUGAGAGGAGGAAGCUGUCGUUCAAUCCACUUGCGGAAUGGGAUCCCCCGGCGGCUGAACAACCACCUCCCGUUCCGGCGUUCGAAGUCAGCAAGGCGAAGAGGAUAGCGCAGGUUGUGAUUGCGGUGAUAUACUGCUUGCUGGCAGCUGGGAUCGUAUUCGGAUUUGCUGCGAUCAAGCCGGUGUUCGUUGCUGAAGGUGUCUACAAGGACAAGUGCACGAAGAAAGAGCUGGAAGAUGGGGUUUGGGUAUGCUAUGAACAAGAGCUGCGGUUGAACUUGAUGUUCACCAUCGCUGCUGUAAGCACGAACGUCUGCGCUCUGCCAGUCGGCACGGUGCUCGAUCGUUACGGACCUCGAGUUGCGAGCAUCAUUGGAUGUGUCUGCCUGGCAGUGGGAUCUCUUCUUCUUGCAUUCGCGAAGGAUAUCCCAGGUGAUGCAUACAUUCCCGGAUAUUUGUUCCUCGCGCUCGGCGGACCGUUCGUCUUCAUCUCAUCCUUCCAGCUCAGCAAUACUUUCCCACAACACUCUGGCCUCAUCCUUGCCCUUCUGACCGGCGCCUUCGAUACCAGCAGCACGAAUGGUUCCUUCGACACGAGGAAGUUCUUCCUCAUCUACUUGAUCGUGCCUGUUCUUACCCUCAUCGUCCAGCUUGUCGUCAUGCCGGCGAAGUCCUACAAGAGUGUAGGCGAGCUGGUGAAACAAGUUGAGGAUACGCAGAAUGAUAUUUCAAGAACGAACGGCAUCGGCGAGGAGCAUGUCCAGAACGCAAGACAGGAACACUACGACAAUAUUGCUACGGAGGUCAGCGAGCUCCUGGGAUCCAAGUCGGGCGACAAGCACGCCAGGCAGGAGGAAGACAAAGCUCGGCGAAGCGGCGUUUGGGGAGCGCUGCACGGCAAGACUGCCCUUCAGCAGAUUCUGAGUCCUUGGUGGGUGCUCAUCACCGUCUUCACGAUGGUGCAGAUGCUGAGGAUCAACUACUUUGUGGCGACUGUCAGGACUCAAUACACCGAGAUGCUGGGGUCGCACUCCAAGGCAGUCACCGUCAACGAGUUCUUCGACGUUGCUCUGCCGCUCGGCGGAGUGGUCGCAAUCCCCUUUAUCGGCCUCGUUCUCGACCACACCAGCACGCCAUUCGUACUCGCAAUGCUCGUCUCCAUCGCCACGGCUAUUGGAGUGUUUGGGCUGGUGCCUGAGAUGUGGGCGGCAUACAUCAACAUCAUCCUCUUCGUCCUUUACCGGCCUUUCUACUAUACCGCCGUUUCCGACUACAGCGCCAAAGUAUUUGGGUUCGAUACUUUUGGCAAGGUCUAUGGCCUGAUCAUCUGCUCGGCUGGCCUCUUCAACUUCGCCCAAGCCGGCCUGGACGCCCUGACACAUGUCACCUUCCACAACAACCCGAUCCCUGUCAACGCAAUACUACUGGGUGUUGCUUUCAUUGUGGGCAGCGUACUUGUCGGCUUUGUGUACCGCAAGAGUGUGACGCUGGAGAAGGAUAUGCUCAGAGAGGAAGCGGACGAGGCGACCGAGCGGCUGAUGCCAGGGGCAAAUGGAGCCCAGGUCAACCGACCACAUGGACACGAGACAUACGGAACGGAGUGA